AUGUCGAAGGAAACAAUUAUGUCUAUGAAUGAUCGGGCAGUUAAAAUUGAACUACCAGAAUAUUCACCAGAAGACAUUAAACUCGAAAUGAAGGAUGAAUUUGAUAAUACCGACGUUAUUGUUAAAUCUGAAUCGUGUUCUAAAGAUGAUGAUACGUGUUUGGAAAGAUUUAUGAAUUCCGAGGUGACAAUUGAAGAAGAAAUCAAACAGGAGGUAGUCGAGUUAUCAAUUUAUGAAUGUGACAUUUGCAAUAGAUCAUUUGCAGAAUCAGACCAUUUAAAAAAGCAUAUGGUCGAUCAUAUUCCUAGUAAUAGCAAAGAAUGUCCUUUCAAAUGCGAAAUCUGUUACAAGGCUUUUAAUCGAUUAAGUGUUCUGAAAGUGCACAUGCUCAUUCACAGUGGUGAUCUAACAAAACACCUGCUCAUUCAUAAUGGAGUACGCCCACAUGCAUGCAAUAUAUGCAAUAAGACAUUCAGGCAAUUAUGUAAUCUGAAAAGUCACAUGCUUAUUCACAGUGGUAAUCAACCCCAUCAAUGCAAUAUAUGCAAAAAGACAUUCACAGAAAGAGGUCAUCUGAAACGUCACAUACUGAUUCACAAUGGAGUACGCCCUCAUGAGUGCAACAUAUGCAAAAAGAAAUUUACACAAUCAGGUCAUCUGAAAAGUCACAUGCUGAUACAUAGUGGAGUACGUUCCCAUGAAUGCAAUAUAUGCAAUAAGACUUUUACAGAAAGAGGUAGUCUGAAACGUCACAUGCUAAUACACAGUGGAGUACGUCCCCAUGAAUGCAAUAUAUGCAAAAAGACAUUCACAGUAAGAAGUCAUAUGAAAAGACACAUGGCACUUCAUAGUCAGAAGCGUGGUGAAGAUCAAUGA